CGGAAACGAAAGUAGGAAAUGCGCAUGCUCAUUACUGCGCCCGUUGCACUGAAGGAAAAACCCAUUUCUUUUCCUGGCAAAAGAUAGUCUGACAGAAAGAACCAUGUCAAAAGUUUGUAGUUGUUUGCUCUGAUGGCAGAAGGUGAGAAGGAAACACUUGAGGACGAGUUUGACUAUUCAAGUUCUGACUCUGAGUAUAAAGAUUGUGAGGACAUUCCAGGAGCAUCACUGUACAACGUCUUCAAAGGCUUUCACGUAGCUGGAAAAUACAGGGAAGCUAUGGAUGUGCCACCUGAACUAAAGCAAGCCAAGGCCCCAGCAUAUAUUGAAGAAGAUGCUCCACAUAGCAUUGACACUGUCGACUUUGGAAGUGUUGAGAAGGCAGUCGAUGAAGCUAGAGGCCCAGGUGUAAAAGACAGAAUAAAAAUGUUUGAAGCUGUUGGUAAUACAGAGGCGUAUGAACAGAACUUGCAAAGUGAGAAAAGAGGUCCAAAUAUUGGUGAGAGUGAUUCUAUGUCUAUUUUGCAAGAUUACUCGAUUAUUGAGAGUGCACUGGAGAGGGAAAAUACUGAUGAUAUGAGUACCACCCAGUCGUUGAAGAAAAAGCCACCAGUGGCCCCUAAACCUGUGAUGAAAGUGCAGCCACAGCAAUCUGAAGACUGUUUGAAUCAAGAUGAGCCACCAAAAGGGGAAUUUAAGCUGGAUUUUUCCCAAUCCCUUUUUGCAGAUCAAACACAAGACAGUGAGAGCAGUGUUGCAGAAGAAACACUCAUGAAUAGAGACAGUUCAGAAAAUGAUCUUGAUAUGGUUUGUUCUAAUACAGAACUGUCAAGUGUUCCUCAAGAACAGGAAAUACUGAAAGCUGAUCAAUUGAAAGAGGAUCUCCCAGAAGAGCAUGUUAUGACUGAUGAUGAUAAAAAAUGUGUUGUCACAGAAACACCAAAUGUUGAACUCUCUGCUGAAACACUUGACAUUGAAAACGCUGAUGAACAACAUUCUGCAUGUCAGUUUGAAAAUGAUCUUUCUGAUCAUGACAGCUCAAGUGAGGAUAAUCACACUACUAAAGUUGAACAGUCUGAAAAAUGUCGGGAUGGAUUUAAUGAAAGUCGGGAAACUGAGAGUGGCAGAUCGGAUGCUGAUCCCUCUGCAUAUUUAGAAAGAGGAUUGGAUCCAAUGGAAGGAGAGCCCUGCACACUGAGUGCAGACAAUGAACAAGAGUCAGUUGACUAUGAAAAUGUACCUCAAAUGAGUGACCCUAAUGCAGAUAAUGCUCUUCACAAUUCUGAAAUAUAUGAACCUGCUUCUGAACAUACUAUUGAAGAUAUACUACCAGUCCGCAGUCACUGUGCAAAAGAUGAUGAGCAACCAAAAGAGGGCAAUCAACUAUCAGUAGAGGAUACAGAUGCAGAUGAGGCAGAAGACUCAAUUCAACUAGUUGAAGCUCAAACUAACCAACAUAUUGAAACAUUCAGAAGCAUGUCAAGCAGUGUUGAAACUGCAGAUUUAGGUUGGUCAUAUAUUGAACCAAAAACUGAAGAUGGAAAUGCACCACUGUCUGACUGUCAAACUGAAGAACUGGAUGAGUCAUCAAGCAGUAUUUCAGUGAUUUCUUCAAGUGAUGACAACAUUACUAUGAAGUAUGAAGAUGCUUUUGUCCCAACGAAAGAUGAUGAUUCAAGUUCUCAAAUUCCAGAUCAACAACCAGUGUCUGAUGUUGAAGACAGAAAUGAAGAUGAACCAUUCUUGAGUGCUACAGAAGAUGAUCGAGCGCCAACCCCACCACCAAAAUCCUUAGUUGUUAUGGAAGAACUGAAGUCCUUAGCAUAUAGUCAGGAAUCUGAGCCCAUGUCGGGGCCAUACCAGCAGUUAGGCAAUGAUAAUAUGCAGUCUGAAGAAGCAAGUCAGCAUCCUACAGAUAACACAAGCUCUACUUAUUUAUUUUCCGCAUUCCAUAGUCAGCCCAUUCCACCCAUUCAAGGAAGUAAUCCAAACAUGUUUGAUCCAAAUUUGAAUAAAGGACCGUUUGUAAAGGAACAGAAGCAUGGUGUUCCUUUUUCUAUGCCUGGCUUUUCAUCAAAUCCACCCAGUUCAGGCUUUCCUGGACUUUUUCCAACAGAUCCAUUAAGCCAGUGGCCACCUCAACCGCCUAUUAUUGACCCUUCUAAUCCUGGCAGAUUUCCACAAGCACAAGCUCCCUGGCCACCAUUCAUGCACGGAAUGAUGCCACCAAUACAGGGACAAUUUCCAGGCCAAAGUAUGCCACCUCAGAUGUAUGGGGGCUAUCCUCCACUUCAUUUUGUUCCACCAGGCACUGGACAAGGGGUCCUGCCCCCCUUUCAUCCUGGUCCACAGUUUCCAACAUUUGGUUUCCAUUCGCCUCGUGCACCAACAAGGAACAAGGAAACACCACCCACUGAUGCAAAGACCCAACCUUUUAAGACAGAACAACCACAAGGUAAGGAGUCGCCAAUUUCUGCAAAUAUUGAAACACCAGUUGCGAGCAUACCAAGAUCACAACCCAAACCGGAAUCCCCAAAAAGACAAAAGUCGACAGGUAGAGACAAACCCCGUAAUGUGAAUGCUGAGUCACCUGCAAAAGAUGAACUUAAAAAGCAGCAGAGAGCUACGCCAACACAUGCUACACCAACACAUCAAAGGCAGACAACAGCUCAGCUUACCAAGGAUUCAUCUUCUCAGAAAAAUGUAACAAAACAAUCAGAAACUAAGCCAACGAUAACAGAAAGAAAACCAAAAGAGAGUGAGAAAUAUGAAAGGGAUACACCGAAAAAGGAAGUAAAAAAAGAUCCAAAAAUACCUGAGAAGGAGGUAGGCCAAGACACAAGUACACAAUACAUUUUUAUGAACGUCCUCAAUCCACCAUUGGCCGAUUGUGUCUCUCAAACGUAUAUGCAAAAUUACCUGGAGAUCUGCACAGACAAAGACAUUGACCCUAAAGAUAUAGUAUUCAAUUAUUCACGAACAUGCAUUGUUUUUUCAACCAAGGGAAAGCCAGAUAUGGAAAGGUUAAAGCAGAAAGUCAAGGACAAAAUAUUGUCUGGAACAAAAUUUGAAGUUCGUCUGAUUGAUAGACCCUGCAGUGUUGCCAUCAGCAGAGAAGCAGGGCUUGAAAUCAGUGAAUCAUUGGAGCUUUUUUUGGAAAGCCCACGUAACCACGGAGGUGAAUUAGAUCUACAACAGCAAAUGUUUGAAACAGAUGAUGGAAGCUGCAUAGUAGCUACCUUUAAAGAUCCAAAAGUGGCUGAGGCAUUCAGUCAGAAAAAAGACCAUGUCCUUAACAACAAAUCUUUGGUUGUUUCCCUGUUUUUCCGCUGCGACUGGGGAGAAGUGUGGGAUCCAGACCUUCAUAAGGUUGUCCUGCCAGAACCAAUCGUCAUUCAACUUACAAACAACAGAAAAAGGCUUUUGCAAAGGCCAGCUUGUAUGACCUUCAUUCUUGAACUGGAAAGCAAGUCCUGUUGUUGCGAAUUCACAGACGAGGGACUGAAAAUCAUGUGCACACUUAACCGGACAACAACUGACAUCAAAACUAGGAAAGCUAAAUGGCUUGAAGAGGUGGCUACAUUUGUAGAAAACUUUAUGAGACAUGAACUGGAGCAUUACGAUCUUGAUUGUUGUGCACAAAUUUGGGAAGAUAUGAAAACACUUUGCAAAAAGUAUGAACAUGAAGAGAAGGUUGCUGUGUGCUGCAAUGACAAAACAAAACUGAUUGAGAUAGACAGUCUAAAAGGUUGUGGACAAGACGUGAACGAUAACCUUUUGUAUCAAGCAAAAGCUUUAGAACGGCAGUUAAAGAGGACAUCAGAAUGCAUGCAGUUGAAAGAGUUGCACAUUCGGGUGAUGAGCAAGCUUGGAACAUUUGAGUCCAUGAAGGAGACUGACCUAAAUGUGAACCCCGGAGAGGACACAGUCACAAUGGAAGGUCAACCUGAUGAUAUCACAACCAUGCAAAAGAAUAUACUGGAAACUAAGAAUCGUAUACAGCAUGUGAACUUAAAUCAGUGCCUGUCAGAAAGAUGCCUUUGUGCCAUAAAAGAUAAACAAGCGUUGUGUGACAAAAUUGAUGAGGCUUUAAAGAAUGAGAACAUUGAAGCUGUUUGGAAAGUUGAAGGCAGCAGCUUACAAUGUGCUUAUGUGGAGGAUACCAUGUAUUCUUCCCAGUAUGAAGAAGAGACAAAAGCUACAAUUAGAAAUAUAUUUUUAUCAAAUGUCACAGACAAAUCAAUCAGCUUUUAUGCCACAGAUGUCAGCAUUAUGAAUACUUCUGAAUUUCUUGAAAUUUCCCAAGAGUUGACAGAAGAAAAUGAUACUUUGGCAGAAUGGUAUAUCGAUGAAGGGCAUUUGAAAAUGCAUUUUGUUGGUUGGACCAAGAACGUGGAUAAAAUGCAUAAUACAAUGCAGGUAUUUGUGGAUGAACAUUUCAUUAGACAGGUUGUCAUACAACCAAGUGUUUUGAAAUUCAGUUAUUUAAAAAGGCACAAGCAAGACUUUCUUUCUGAGAUCAAACAAACACUUAAAGAAAAACUUGGAAAACUCGAAUUAAUUGAUGACAAAUCUUCUGUUGUUGUUUAUGGUAAUAAAAAAAGUCGUGAAGAUAUUAAACAGAAAAUGGACAGAUUCUUUGCAUCAAUCAUUUGUGAUGAACUGAAAAUUGAGAAAAUGGGUGUGAGCAAGGUGUUUGAGGAUGUCAUGGUUCGUGGAAAAAUAACAGAGAUUGAAAAUCAAACUUGUUGCAUUAUACAAGAAAGGGGUAAGGAUGCAGAUGUUGCGAGGCAGAGUGUGCAUAUAGAGGAUGAUCACUAUGAAAGUAUUCAAGUGGACGGUGAAGUAGCAGGAGCAGCCCCAAAGUCACAAGCAAAAGUCUUAUAUGACCGAAGUCAAAAGCAACACAAAGAGCUGUCUUUACCAAACGGAAUGAAGAUAAGUGUCAUUGAAGGUGAAAUCGGAAAACAAAAGGGGGAUGUCUUUGUUAUUUCCACCUCACCUAAGUUGGACUUGAGAGGCGGUAAGGCAGGUAAUGCAAUUUUGCAGGUGGCUGGUCAAAAUUUGCAAACUGAAAUAAAUGGAAAAUAUAAAUCUGAGAUUAAAUUUGGAGAAAUUGCUUAUGUCAGUGGUGGUCAAAUGAAAUGCGAGCAUCUGUACAUGACCUGUUUACCAGGAUGGGAUCAAAAGGACCUUAAGCCUAUUGAGGUAUUGAAGACGGCUGUAAAGAGUGCCCUUGAAUUAGUAUCUCAACAAAAAAUGAAGUCUAUAUUGUUCAGUGCAUUAGGCUGUGGUCAACUGAAGUAUCCAGCAAAAAUGGUUGCACAUGAGAUGAUGCAUGUUGCCUCCGAUUUUGGCAAUGCUAAUCCAAAAUCAACUCUGAAAAAAGUGAAGUUUGUGGUUUAUCAUCUUGAUGAAAAGGUUAAAAAUGCAUUUAAGCAGGAGUUAAAAAACAGGUUAUCUGGACGACCUGCAACGGCAUCUGCUCAGCCUCUUAGGAAAGGGACUGCUACAAUAGAACUCGCUGUUGAAGAUAUUGCUGCACAGAAGGUUGAUGUCAUUGUGUGUUCCACGUCUCCACAAAUGGAUUUAACAAAUGGCGCUUGCAAUGCCCUCCUGAAAGUGGGCGGUGAAACAUUACAGGAAGAAUGUAAGAAGAAGUACAACAACAACUUGAAAGAGGGGGACGUUGCAGAAAUUGGUUCAGGAAAGCUUCAAUGCAAGGCCAUUUUUUUGGUGGUUCUUCCAAAAUACACAGGGGACGAAUCCAUUGAGAAUCUGAAAGGGAUUAUCAAAACUUGUGUACGAACAGCGCUUUCACGAGGUUUCAAAUCCCUAGCGAUGCCGGCACUUGGCACCGGCAAUCUUCACUACAGGAAGGACGAUGUAGCCAGAUGUAUGUUUGACAGUCUGAUUGAACUUGGAACCGGUGAUGAAGAAGCUCCCGACUUUAGUGUCCGUUUAAUUAUGCAUUUCAAGGACUCGGCAGUGAUUGAGGCAUUCUACAAGUUCAUGGAUAUUGCCUCAAAACGAGGCCAUCGUGGACAGCGAAGUUAUAGCUACAAGAAAAAACAGGUCUGUGAAUCCGACGAGGUCUCAGACUACAGCAUUUCCAAAGACGGCUUUGAACUUCAUGGUACCAUGCUGAAGGUAGCUAUUGGUGACAUUUUGCACCAAAAGGCGGAUGCUGUGGUUGCUUCAGUUGGAAAGGAUUUUGAUAUGCACGGUGGAGUUGCCCAUGCAUUGAAUCGAAUGUGUCCAAAUCUGAAGGAGCAGUGCGAAGGCAAGAAACAAAAACUAAAUGCAAAAGGUGUGGUGCUGAUGCCAGUGAAGGAAUUGAAAGCAAAACAAAUUAUAUUUGUUCAAUACGCUGAAUCACUACCAACAUGGAAAGAACGUAUAGCUAAGUGUUUAAAAAUAGCCCACAAACAUAAGUUUGCAACAGUCAGCUUCCCUGUACUUGGAUCAGGAUCUGGAUUUCACAUGCUUAGACCGGAGGUGAGUGCUGGCUGCUUGUUCGAUGCUCUUCACGAUUUCUUGAAGGCUCACAACAAUACUAUAAAUGUCAAGGAAGUUCGUCUAAUUAUCUACGGUGGACAGCAAGAAAUGCAUAAGCCUAUAAUGGAGGCCCUACACAAGAAGCUCAAGGAAUUGCACGAGGGUGGAACUAUAAGUUUGAUAAGAAGCUGGGGACGUAAAUUGAAGCAGUCAUCUUUCGAGUUUCUUGGAAUAGAUGAUGGGACUGUUCCAUUUGAAGACAGACCAGCGAUACGUAAAAGACAAUAUUUUCACCAACAAAUCUCUGACAGAAAAAUGCAAAAAGCUUUGCAAUCUUCACUUGAGUUAGUUAUUUGCACAGACUCAGCUGAUAACAUUGACAAAUGUAAAUCUCUACUAGACAAAAUUAUUGAGGAGGCCAUGGUUACAGAAAAAAUAGAUGGCUACCAAAAUAUUAUCCCGACUCUUACACAAGAUGAGUGUAACACCUUGGACAGUGAUGCAAUGCUGGUCGAUUUCAAAAUUGAUUCUCAAGGCGGGAUAAUAACUGUUCAUGGGGAAAUUCAUCAUGUCCACGAUGCUGUGACGAAAAUCAGACAGAAACUAAAUGAAAUAUUAAAAGAGAGGGGUGAUUUAGAACAAGCACAAGAACUAGUUAAAAAAGUCAAAUGGUAUUAUGAAGAUGAAGAAAACAUGGAGUUUGUGCCGUAUGCUGAGAUGCAGAGCUUUAAAAUGGAAAUGGCGUACAUGAAAAAGGAGAAGACAUAUCAUUUUUUUGCUAAUGACAUUGAGUUUGAGGUCGACUUUGAUGAAUUAAAAGAGUACCCGGUUAAUGAUAAAAAUGACUGGGUAAAAGUAUCUAGGAAGGAUGUAUUUACAGCGGAGAAUGCUGCCCUACCAGAAUACUGGAAGCCUAUGCUGCCUGAUCAGAAUGUUAAACCUGUAAUUUUAGCACGGGACGAUCCUGAUUUUACAAGAAUUGAGACACGCUUUUUAUCGGAGUUGUCAACAGGAAAGUUUGCCAACAGCCCUGGCCACAAGUAUGACAAAUCCAAGACAAAAAUUAACCAGAUUCAACGAAUUCAAAAUAAAGCAUUGUAUCGCCAGUAUCAAACAAAGAAAAAACAGUUGGAAGAAAGUAACCCCAAUAGGCCAGCUACUAUGCCUCUUGAACGAGAAUUAUGGCAUGGAACAAACGAGAACGCAAUGGAAAGCAUCAAUCUGCAUGGCUUCAACAGGAGUUAUGCAGGAAAUAAUGCUGGGGAACCCUGGUUUGGUCAAGGAGUUUACUUCGCAAAUGACGCGUCUUACUCAGCACGGUCAUGGAUGACGGGCGCUGACAGUGCUGGCAGCAAGGGUUACGUCUUCCUCGUGAAAGCACUUACUGGUCACAUAAUGCAAGGUAGUAAGGGUCUGAGAUACCUACCACCAAUAGAUAAGAAGAAUCCAUUGGUUUUGUACGACUGUGCAGUGGACAAUGUGAAGACCCCCAUGGAGUUUGUCAUCUUCCAUGACACACAGGCAUACCCAGAGUAUUUAGUGACAUUUACAGGAUCUUAAUGGUGUACAAACAAUCUUUAGAAUAGCUUUGUUGAGCCCACAAACUAACUUCUAUGACUGUUACAUUCAACUACUUCAUGUGUAAACAUAUAACAUUUUCUGUGCGUAGAAUGAUGUAAUAUUGCUUGAUAUACUGAUGUUAUUUUCCUGAAUUAAUAUUUCAUAAAAUACUGUACACAAAUGUGAUUUUAUUUAGAUAAUUGGAAGAUUGAUUUAUCUUCUCUUCUGAUUUAAUAUUGUAAAACUUCUUUAAUGUUUUAUUUUUUCAUUGUUGUUGUAUAUUAUUUUCUGUGAGAUUUUUAUAAGCGUUUCUCUAGACGGGGGUAUUAUUGGAACACCCUUGGCAGAGAAAUUGGCGGUUGGGCGGGCGGCAUGUGAAUUGGUGGUUGGGCGGGCGGCUUUUAGUUCUCUAAGUCGCACAGUUUUCAUAGAAUCUUCAUUACACUUCAUGGUGUGUUUUAACCAAGUUUUCCAAACGAAAAAAUUGGUUAUUAGCUUGGCGAAUGUCGGCGGGCGGGCGGAAUGAGCUUGUCCGGUCCAUAACUUUGUCAUUUAUUGUGAGACUUUAAAAUCAUUUGGCACAUUUGCUCACCAUCAUUGGACGGUGUGUCAUAGGAAAGAAUUACGUCUAUAUCUCCAAGGUCAAGGUCACACUUUGAGUUCAAAGGUCAUAAAUGAGCUUGUCCGGGCCACAACUAUGUCAUUCAUUGUGAGAUUUAAAAAUUACUUGUUACAUUUGUUCACAAUCAUUUGACGGUGUGUCAUGCGAAAGAAUUACGUCGAUAUCCCCAAGGUCAAGGUCGCCACGACUAAAAAUAGAUUGCAUUUGACACAGGGAGGGUAACUAGGAACAAUCAGUAACAAAGCACAUUGUGAGACUUUAAAAUCAUUUGGCACAUUUGCUCACCAUCAUUGGACGGUGUGUCAUAGGAAAGAAUUACGUCGAUAUCUCCAAGGUCAAGGUCACACUUUGAGUUCAAAGGUCAUAAAUGAGCUUGUCCGGGCCAUAACUAUGUCAUUCAUUGUGAGAUUUUAAAAUUACUCGUUACAUUUGUUCACAAUCAUUUGACGGUGUGUCAUGCGAAAGAAUUACGUCGAUAUCCCCAAGGUCAAGGUCGCCACAACUAAAAAUAGAUUGCAUUUGACACAGGGAGGGUAACUAGGAACAAUCAGUAACAAAGCACAUUUUGAAUUGUCUCCCUUUAUCAGACUUUUUUUUCAAAUUGAAAACCUGGUUUUGUGACAAUUUUGUCCCUUGUUUUUUUUUUAUUAAAUGGAAGAGGUUGAUAACCAGACGAUUCACACCAGGCUAUUUAAAGUCAAUUCCCUUUAUUUAUACAAACAUUGGAAAAUUCACUGUUUCUGCUCUUAAGUUCAUACAGAUAUCAUGAAAUCUUCACCAAACAUUCUGGAAAUGGGGCAUGUCAUCACAUAGCAUGGAGACCAAAUUUGAUAAGCAGCCAUUUUUCACAAGACAGUGUGCUUGCCCAUUUGUACACUAAAAAUUAUACCCUGUAAUUGUUUUCGUUUUCUUCUAAUUCACACCAAACUUUCUGCAAAUGCUUACUUUGAAAAAUGGAAGUCAAAUUCAAUAAUAGGCCAAUUAUCGUCAGUAAAAUUCGGAGUUAUUUGCCUUUGUACAAAAAGUUCUUAAUUUGACAUUUCAGCUCUCUCAUAACUUAUUAACUGUUUACUGAAUUUUCCAUAUAUUUUUGUUCCCAUAAAACAGCAGUCAAUAGUGCUAACUAGCAAAAAACUAUGGCAUGCUGUUGGGUCCACUUUUAGCAAUAUGCAUACACACAUGUACUUUGACACCAGCUGAGGACCACCUUAAUUAUGUUGUUGACUAUUUAUAUAUAUAUUGGUUUUCUUUUUCCUUUGUGUUACUUUGAUGAUUACUUGUUGUUGACUAUUUAUAUAUAUUUUGGUUUUCUUUUUCCUUUGUGUUACUUUGAUGAUUACUUGUUGUUGACUAUUUAUAUAUUUUGUGGUUUUAUUUUUGCUUUGAGUUACUUUGAUGAUUACUUGUUUAUAUGUCACUGUGUCUCUUUUUCUAUGUGCUGUUUGUAUGUAUUUCCAAUCAUGUCAGAUGUGUGUGUUUUUUUUCCACAUAAUUCGUUCCAGAAUAACAGGUUUAACAUGAAAACGUUUAUUUAUGUCACAAUCAUUUGCAUAUUAGCUAGUUUUAAACAAUGUUAAAAAUCAUGGUUGUUAUGGGUUGUUAUGUUUGGAAAUUAUAGGCGUACAGGCAGGCGUAGUCAAACAGGUUGUUACAGGUUGAAACUACAUAUCAUGUUCAAAUUUUCGGUAAAGCAACUUGCAUGCAGAUCUGGCUUGGGAUUGUAUUUAAGGUGUGUAAGGCCAUGAUUAAAGUGUUUGCUACAAUUAAAACAAAUCAGUUUCCAUUGAAAUUACUUAAGUUUUGAUUGAGAUACUGCACUGAAAUUUUAUAUGCAGCUAGCUUACAUACAUUUAGGUUACUCGGAUCAAGGUUUUGGUAUCUGUUACUUAAAAUGGAAAAAAGGCAUUCUAUCAAUUACUGUUGUUUUGAUGGAAGUAUCAGAUCAAGGUCACUUAUACUCAAAAUUUACAAAUUAUUUCAGAUAAGUAACUUAAGUUUGGAUGGAGGUGUUGUCCGAAAAAUUUGCGUAUUUGCUGCUUACGUAUCAAUAGCUGGAGAUUUUAUGUAAGUAUUAAUCUGACAUUAUGUUUGUAGGCAGCCCCGGCACAAUCUUUGCUUGGAUUGCAUGUGCGAGCAGUAAUACAUGUGUAUCAAUUAUAAGGUCACUGUUACUGCAAAAAAAAUGAAGGUAGCUUCUGUUUACAUUAUAUACAGACAAUUGAUUGAUAUAUGCAAAGUUCUCAAACUGGAAUUCCCUGUACACAAUUUUGUUAUGUUGAAAAUCUUCAUGAAAUGAGCUUCAUCUGAAUUUUGUUGCAAUUUAGUUUAAAGUACAAUUCAGUGCAUAUUAUUUCGAAGUAUAUGACAUCAUACCAUGUUUCAUUUUAAGUUGCGAAGCUGUUUGUCUGUACACAGAAUACCGGUAAAUGUUUAUUCAUCAUGGCUUGAAAUUUUGUUGUUUGUUGUAUUUGAGAUUUUGACCCCAAACCAUAUGUUUGUUUGUAUAAGUCAUACAUGUGAUGUGUAUUUACAUUUCAUGUUCAUGUAUAUAAUCAGAUGCAUUCCUUUAAACAUGAAUUUAUUAUUUCAAUAACUAUGUAAUAGACAUUUUUGGUUUCUUGUAUUUUAAAGUAAACAUGUAACUCACUUGUUUAAUUUCUGUAGCAUUUUUGACUGCUUAUCGUACUCAAGGUUAUACGUCAUUAUAUUCACUUAUUGGUGGUUAUUAUAAAGGCUUUGAAUUAAAACAACUGCUCUAAAUAUUUUAUGAUUAUGUCUUUUAAUGUCUUCAGUACUCCGAGGUCGUGUAGGUUUACUUUGUAUUCCUAGUUUAAUCAUAACUCUGGAUGCAUUCACAGGAGCUCUCCAAAAACAGACUGGCCCGACCCAGAUUUUGCACUCGUGACUGUACUUGAGUACAAAUAACCGUUAUAUCCAUAUACUGUUAACACUUGCAGAAUGCUAAAUUGUAUCAUGUGUUAUAAUGGAAAUUGGUUAAUAUUACUAUAAAUUUUGUUAUCAGGUUUCAUGUUACUAUAAUCCAAUAAAUUUGGAACUUUUAUAAGAUUUUAAAUCUUUCAGCUUCGUUGUACCCCAUAUUUUUGGCUUUUCUAACUGUCAUUCCUGAGUUAGUCUAUGGCCUUUUUAUUCCUUAUACUUAUUUGAGCAACAUUUCAUAUUUAAAAGCUGUGGUGCUAAAAUAUGCAAAGAAAACAUAUUAACAAUAGGCUGAUUCAAAGCAAGUGAAGAAAUUAUUACAUUAAUGUUUGAAACAGUAAAUCAUAAAAAUGGCCGCAUAUUUGACUCAACAGCUUUAUGUUGCAAUUAUUUAACAUUUACUAUUAAUAAAAAAUACUGUAUAUGUAAUAAAAUAUGUAGAUCUAGACUUAAUCGAGAUAAAUAGAAAAAUAUGUUGAUGGUGAAAUAUAUGCUGCGGGGAAAAUGGA